AUGGCAACAAAUGAGAGCACCACAACAAAUUUCGAAAGCAGUGAGGGAAGCACAGAUAACACCAUCGAGACCAGUGAGAGUCAGGAGCAAUAUUCACCGGAGAUGUUACCGAAUUCUGACAUGGUAAAUCAACCUGGUGACUCUCAUGACGACCAAGAGCAAAUUCCGAGUGGAAAAAGGAGUAAAGCAGGACUAUCAGGAAACGAAAUGGACAAGAUUUUCAACUUAUUAACAAGUAUGAGGGAAGAUAUGGGUGCCAGCUUCGAAGAAAACAGUAAGAAAUUGGAAGAGAAUAAGAAAGAAAUGAACGAAAAGUUAGAAAAGUUAAGUAGCAAUGUAGAACAGCUGGAGAGAAGAUUUGAGAAGAAAAUGGAGGAAAAAACUAAAGAGAUUUGUGGUGAGAUAGCAAUUAAAAUAACAGCAGUUGAGAAAAACGUCGAGAAAAUAGAUAAGAGACUUUCAACAGAGAUCGCAUCGGUGAGAAAGGAGCUAUCAGAGAAAUCAGGUGGAAUGGAUAAUGCAGCCUUUAAAAGAUUUGAGGAGCAGCUCGCGGAAUUUUACAGAGAGAAGGAAAGGAUGAAAACGGAAUUCGAGAAGGCCAGGACACAACCGAUUAUCGUCAACACCAGCUGUAGGGGAUUGGAUGAAGUGCCAAAAUUUGAGAAAUAUCUGGAGAAUCCUAUGCAAUUUUUGAUUAAGUUGAAAGAAUAUUUGCGGCGUAGUGGGAAAAGUAACUGGAGUGAGCAAUCAAGCAUCAUUGAAAAGUCAUUUGAUAGUCAACACUCAGCAUGGUGGAUGAUUAUUCAGGCUAGCAUUGACUCUUUAGAACAAUUUGAGGAGCGUUUCACUAAUAAAUUCUGGAGCCAACUCAUUCAGGAUUCAGUGCGAGAGAGAUUGAGAACCGGAAAAUUUAUUAGAGGGAGGAAGUUAAACGCAAGUGAGUACUUCAUAAAGCAGAUGCUCAUUGCAAGGAAUUUGACACCAGCACUCUCGGAUGAAGAAAUCAUAAUAAAACUAGUCAAACACUAUGGAACUGGACUAGAAACAGCUAGAUUCAAUAGGAAUGUAAAGACAGUGCCCGAGAUGGAAAAAAUAUUGGAAGAAUGGAGCUUGCAGAAUAUCGAUGUUGAGAAGAAUGAAUUAAGGGAGAAGCAAGAACAAAAAGAGAAGAAUGUAUGGGUACAAAGAGAAGAGAGAAAAAGUCCGCAAAUGAAAAGAAGAGAGCAGGAGAUUGGUAACGGACAGCAGCGUCGGGACAACAAUCUGACUUUCAACGGCCAUAAGGAAAGAGAAGGAUUCAUUCGAGAUGGAAAAUGGAAUAGCGACCAGAAUGCUAAUUGGCAGAACACCAAUUCGUCACCAAAUGUGAAUUGGAGGAGGAGAGACGCGAAUCAGCCACGCAGUCAGCAGAGUCCAGCAGGAGAGAAAGAAGAAAAACAAUGCCAACGAUUUGAAGAAAGGAAUCCGCAAAUAAAGAGAACAGGAUAUGGAGAUGAUAAUUUUGGAUCAAGGGGAGCAAUCAAUCGUGAGCACUACUCGCAAGGAAGUAAUGUCAAUGAUAAUGGAGCAAACACCUGUCAACAGAGAACAAACUGGAAUAGAGGAGAACGGAAUGACUACCGAGGAAAAGGAUCGUUUUCAGAUGAUAACUGGAGGAGAGGUGAAGAAAAAUGUGGAAGAUAA